UGUUAAAGACCGAUGGAAAACAAAAGAAGCCGUUAGAUCUGAUCAAGGGUUUUUGGUACACAGUCUUCUGAGUACACACGCCUCCGUUGCGUGUUUCUUUCUUCUUUCACUACCUCUUCGACUCCACUUCCACGGAAAACCGCUUUUGCUUUGUAAAUAAAGCGGUUUCCCGUUAAUCAGAACUUGCAGGCCAGAAGGUUUAUUUUGAAGAUACACAAUGACUGGAGAGAAGAAUGUAGAAAAUGCUGAGCCAAUAGCUCCUGGUCCAAGUUCUGAUUCCUCAAUUGAUCAGUCUGGAAAAGAUAUGGUUUUCGGGAAAGAUGAACUACCAUCUGCUUCUGUUUCUCUUGCACCUUCCAUAGAGGAAGCUGCAUCUGGUAUCAAAGGAAUUGUUAUUGAUCAAACAUCAGGUUUGGAGCAAGGUGUUUAUUAUCCAACUACUAGCUAUUAUGACUAUAACUAUCCAGGAUAUAAUGGUAACAUUGCUCAGUCGGAUGAAAAAGGUUAUUUUAACACAGCAGGUGGUUCUUACAAAGGUAUCCAAUCUGUUAAUAGUUCACUUCUCUAUUAUAUGCCUGGCUAUGGUCCUUAUGGAUCAGACGCAUUUCCAUGCUACACAUAUGAUUCUAACUAUGCUGGAAAUGGCUCAUCUGGCCCUGCUGCUAAGUCUGGUACUAUAAAGUCUAUGAUGGGACCAAGUGGUUCAGGGAAGUCCAUUGCUUUUAACUCGACAAAAAGCAAUAACAAUAUUUCGAGCAAGGCUUCAAGUUUGAAUUGGAAUCCGAGAGAACAACAGCCUGCUUCUAAUUUUUCAAACUCUAUCCGUCCUACUCAGCCACUCGAGCCGUUAAACAAGUUAGGAUCUGGUUUCCGUUCGACUGCCCUUCCAAAUGGAUUCCAACCAGUUGGAAAAUUUUCAUCGUUCGCAAACCGAAACACAGGUGGUUUCAUGCACUAUGGUCCAGUGAAUUAUCAAUCAACUGGCAGAGUAUGGAACAACAAUAAUGGAUAUAAGUCAAGAGAAAAUUUUAGAAAAAAUGGAGAAUUUGGAGCAUCAACAGAACUAACUCGUGGUCCUAGAGCCAACAAUAGGUGCAAUUCCACGCAGCUAUCAGCUGAGGUUGAGCAGCCAGGGCUGGCUAUUCCAAGGGACAAAUAUAACUUACAAGAGUUUCAAAUACAAUAUGCUCAAGCAAAGUUUUAUGUGAUCAAGUCAUAUAGCGAGGAUGACAUUCACAAGUGCAUCAAAUAUGAGGUUUGGUCAAGUACUCCGAAUGGCAACAAGAAAUUAGAUGCUGCUUUACGUGAUGCGAAUGCUACAUCGAGCGAAUCGGGAGCGAAAUGUCCAGUCUUCCUAUUCUUUUCUGUGAAUGCGAGUGGACAGUUCAUAGGUGUAGCUGAGAUGACUGGGCAGGUUGAUUUCAACAAAAAUAUGGACUUCUGGCAGCUCGACAAGUGGAACGGUUUCUUCCCCGUGAAGUGGCACAUAAUUAAAGACGUUCCCAAUAUUCAAUUAAACCAUAUUACCCUUGAAAACAAUGAUAAUAGGUCCGUGACAUAUACCAGGGAUACACAAGAGAUUGGACUGAAGCAAGGGUUAGAAAUGCUAAGCAUUUUCAAGAAUUAUUCAGAAAAGACUUCUAUAUUAGAAGAUUUCAACUUCUAUGAAAAUCGUGAAAAGUUACUCAAAGCCAAGAGGAAUGCAAAACCAGCCUCUGAAACCAGAGAAUCCCAUAAUCAUGAUUCAGGGAAGCAUGUGAAGGGAUGGAUUGGAUGAUUGGUGAAGGAUUAACGAAGAGCAAUAGUUUCGGAUCAGUCCCAAUUACGUUUCUCGUACAAGAGUAGACAAGUGCCUUGAAGAUUGAAUUUGAGUUGGAAUACAAGAAUUCUGCAGUGUCAUUGAUUUUUAUUUUCCGAUUCCCCCAUGAAUUUAAAUUUAUAAAAUUGAUUCGAAUUUCUUCAUGUUUCUUGGUUUUAGUUUUGGUAGCUUUUGGUUUUUAGUUUGAAACUUUGUCCAAUUCUUCAAUUAGAGGAAAUUGUUUUUCUUUACUAAAUAUUAUCUUGUUUGAGUUA